AUGGCGCUCGGCGGGAUGUGGCUGGCGCUGCUGCUCGGCUGCGCCGCCGCCGCAGGUGCGAGCGGGCGCUGCGAGAAGGCCUGCAACCCGCGGCUGGGCAACCUGGCGGCCGGGCGGGCGCUGCGCACGGACACGGCGUGCGGCGCCGGCGCCCCCGAGCCCUUCUGCGCCUACGCCGAGGCGGCCGACCGCCGGUGCGCGCCGCCGGCCUGCGGCCGCUGCAGCGGCACCCGCGCCGCACUCGCCCACCCGCCCGCCGCCAUGGCCGACUCGCCCUUCCGCCGCCCGCGCACCUGGUGGCAGUCGGCCCAGAGCGCCCCUCAGGAGACCAUCCGCCUCGACCUGGAGGCCGCCUUCUACUUCACGCACCUGAUCGUGGUGUUCAAGUCGCCGCGGCCGGCCGCCAUGGUGCUGGAGCGCUCGCAGGACUUCGGCGCGACGUGGCGGCCCUACAAGUACUUCGCCGCUAACUGCUCGGCCGCCUUCGGCCUCGAGGACGACGUGGCGCGGCGCGGGGCCGCCUGCACCUCGCGCUACUCCAGCCCCUUCCCCUGCACGGGAGGAGAGGUGAUCUACCGAGCCCUGUCGCCGCCCUUGGCGGGYGAGGACCCGUACAGCGCCGCGGCGCAGGAGCAGCUCAAGAUCACCAACCUGCGCGUGCGGCUGCUGCAGCGGCAGCGCUGCCCCUGCCGCGCCGAGGGCCGCCCGCCGCCGCAGCCGCUGCACUUCGCCGUCUACGACUUCAUCGUGAAGGGCAGCUGCUUCUGCAACGGCCACGCCGACCACUGCGUGCCCGUCGCCGGCUUCAGACCCGUCAAGGCAGCCGGCGUCUUCCACGUGGUCCACGGGAAAUGCAUGUGCAAGCACAACACAGCAGGAGCCCACUGCCAGCACUGUGCUCCGCUCUACAAUGACCAGCCUUGGCAGGCUGCAGACGGCAAAACCGGAGCCCCCAAAGAGUGUCAGUCGUGCAAGUGCAAUGGGCAUGCGGACACUUGUCAUUUUGACAUGGAUGCGUGGCUGGCGUCGGGCAACCGCAGUGGUGGCGUCUGCGACAACUGCCAGCACAACACGGAAGGGCAGCACUGCCAGCGCUGCAAGGCGGGCUUCUACCGGGACCUCCGGAGGCCCUUCUCUGCCCCAGACGCCUGCAAAC